UCGGAAGGCACUGCAUUGCGAAGAGGGAAACGUAGUCCUAAAUAAUGUCCAUGCAAUGAUUUACUCUAAAAAAAAAACUACAUUACGCAUUCAGUUCUAUCGUGGGGGCCGACUCAACCAGGUGGUAAACUAGAAACCUAUUCGUCUGACAGGGUAUCUAUUCAAAAUCCUACUGCUCACAACAUGACUGAAGGGACGCAUCUGCGGCGGCGAGGGGGGCCCUACAAGACGGAGGCAGCGACCGACCUGAGCCGCUGGAGACUGGCCAACGUGGAGGGGAGGCAGACCUGGCGCUAUGUGGAAGACCACCAGACCCCGGACAGAGAACAGACCAUGUUAGAGGCACACUCUCUCGGCCUGGACACGAGUGGGUUUGUGAGGGCGUCGCCGGCGGUCCACACGGCGGUGGACGCGGCCCUGAAGGGGAUGGGCUUCUACAGCCUGCUGCAGGCGGAGGACGGCCACUGGGCCGGGGACUAUGGGGGGCCCCUCUUCCUGCUGCCAGGUCUGCUGAUCACCUGCCACGUGGCUCAGAUCCCGCUGGCCGAGGCCUGGAGGAAGGAGAUGGUGCGGUACCUCCGCUCGGUGCAGCUCCCUGACGGAGGCUGGGGCCUCCAUGUUGAAGACAAGUCGACCGUGUUCGGCACUGCUCUGAGCUACACUUCACUGAGGAUUCUGGGAGUUCAGCCCGAUGACCCAGAUAUGGUUAGGGCUCGGAACAACCUGCACAGCAAAGGCGGUGCUGCAGGGAUUCCUUCCUGGGGUAAGUUCUGGUUGGCCAUCCUAAAUGUCUACAGCUGGGAGGGCAUGAACACUCUGCUGCCAGAGAUGUGGCUGUUCCCCACUUGGAUGCCGGCCCACCCCUCCACACUGUGGUGUCACUGCCGGCAGGUCUACCUGCCCAUGAGCUACUGCUACGCCGUCCGUCUGGCGGCCAAGGAGGACCCUUUGGUGCUCAGCCUCCGACAGGAGCUGUACGUCCAGGACUAUGAAAGCAUCUGCUGGCCGGCCCAGAGGAACAACGUAGCAGCCUGUGACAUGUACACCCCCCACAGCCGCCUGCUCAACUUUGCCUAUAUGUUCAUGAACGUGUAUGAAGCCCACCACAGCACGGGUCUGAGGGGCAAGGCCGUGAAGGAGCUGUACGAACACAUCCAAGCAGACGACCGCUUCACCAACUCCAUCAGCAUCGGCCCGAUCUCCAAGACCAUCAACAUGCUGGUGCGCUGGCACGUGGACGGACCCACCUCCCCCGCCUUCCAGGAGCAUGUGUCCAGGAUCCCAGACUACCUCUGGCUAGGAUUGGAUGGCAUGAAAAUGCAGGGGACCAACGGAUCCCAGCUGUGGGACACCUGCUUCGCUGUGCAGGCCUACCUGGAGGCAGGUGGUCAGGACAAUCCUAAACUGGCUAAAUGUCUUCAACGAGCUCAUCAGUUCCUCACCUUUACACAGAUCCCAGAGGACCCUCCAGAAUACCAGAAGUACUACAGACAGAUGAACAAGGGCGGGUUCCCCUUCAGCACGCGGGACUGUGGCUGGAUCGUGGCUGACUGCACGGCGGAGGGCCUGAAGUCCCUCAUGCUGCUCCAGGAGCUGUGCCCCUCCAUCGAGCCCCCCGUCCCCCCAAAGAGGCUCUACCAGGCCAUCAACGUGCUCCUCAGCAUGAGGAACUCAGACGGAGGUUUUGCAACUUAUGAGACCAAACGAGGAGGGAAACUUCUGGAGCUGCUGAACCCAUCUGAGGUUUUUGGUGACAUCAUGAUCGACUAUACAUACGUAGAAUGCACAUCAGCUGUCAUGCAAGCACUCAGACACUUCCAGAAGGUCUACCCUGAGCACCGUACACAGGAAAUAAGGUCCACUCUGAGGGGAGGACUGGAAUACUGCAGGAGGCUGCAGAGAGGCGACGGCUCCUGGGAAGGGUCUUGGGGGGUGUGCUUCACCUAUGGGGCCUGGUUUGGAUUGGAGGCCUUCGCCUGUAUGGGCCAUGUCUACCAGGACGAGGUGGUCUGUGGGGAGGUGAGGAGGGGCUGUGACUUCCUGUUGCGGCGUCAGAUGGAGGACGGAGGGUGGGGGGAGGACUUUGAGUCGUGCGAGCAGCGGUACUACGUCCAGAGCGCCAACUCCCAGAUACACAACACCAGCUGGGCUCUGCUGGGACUGAUGGCUGUCAGGCACCCUGACAGACAGUCCAUUGAGAGAGGAGUAAAGCUGUUGAUUGACAGGCAGCUUCCCAAUGGAGAUUGGCCACAGGAGAACAUCUCCGGUGUGUUCAACAAGAGCUGUGCCAUCAGCUACACCUCCUACAGGAACGUUUUCCCCGUCUGGGCAUUGGGUCGCUUCUCCGCCCUCUACCCCUCCAGCUCCCUAGCCGGGAAGGUCAAGCUGUGACCCCUGGUAGAUAACCGACGACCCACCGACCAACAGCCUCCAGCUGUCACAGCAGAAACGCCUAAAGGAUGUGAAGUGAGUGCUGAAGUGGUGCCCUGGCUGUCACCGCAGGAGGGAACAGGCUACCAUUUUUCGAACUGACAAGAAUCACCAAACAUUUCAGACUGAAGCUAUACAGACCGAUGCACUCAGAUGUCUGCGAUUACAUUCCAUCACCCGAUGUGAAGGGAUAAGUACUACAUUUAAUUAAUAAAAUAAAUAAAUACAUGGCAGUUUGCUGUGAUCAGACA